AUGACUACCCGAUCAACCAAGAUGAUUCCAAUGGGGGCUGCAAGCAACAACCCCACGGCAACCGCAAGCCCAAACCAUCCCACACCAACGAAACGGAAGCGAUCUCAACUAGAUCUUACGACCACUGCCACCCCAGCCCCGACAAGCUGGUUGGGCAUUGCUUUCCAGCUACCCUCAGUCAUAAAGAAGGAAAUCAACGACUUUGUCAAGGCUAACGAAUCAACUCGCACCAGGCGCUACCUCAAACGCUCCAGUCGACCAACAACCGCCACCAACCCUCGCCACCCCCAACGCUGCUCCCCUGCCCGGACCCGGAAGACACCUGAACAAGAAGAAGACCGCCCACCUCGGCUCCCAUCACCCCACUUCUCCGAUUUCGACCUGCCAUCACCCAACAAGAAACUGAGGCGAGCAGAGAAGCUCUCCAGCAUGACCCUCAAUGAUGAGUCAGGCAACCAGGCUCGGAACGACCAGAUCACUCAACUCCAGCAGCAACAGCAUGCACAGUUGAUGAGCCUCGGCCAACCAAUCGCCCCGCAAACUGAUGAGCCGGCCAACAUAAACCAUUCACCUCCAACACAGAACUUUGCGCAGAUCUUCUCGAUCAACUUCGGGGCUUCUAUCCCAUACAGCCUCAGCUGUUUUUUUCCCCUUUCGGCUGUCAACUUCCCGAUUCAUUCUUUCCUGAGAAUCCGAUCCGAUCCGGAUGCAGCGCAGGCCUUCCCCCAGGGUGCAUUGUCCCUGCAUUAUCCUUUCAAGCCGCGUAUGCCGAGUCAUCCGCAAUGCCGGAACGCCUCCGGCCAUCCUCCAGCUGGACUCUGGAGUGUGACUGUUGCCCGAAGCCACGUCCUGUGCUCAACCGGCCAGGAUCGCUUGCCAUUUCUUCCACCCAUCCGCACCAUAAUACCUGUCGAUCAUAUGCCGCGCAAUUCCGGCGCCGCUGUCAGCCAUAUUUCUCAGGCUGCCGCAGGGCAUAUAAUCGCACCAGUCCUACCCAUCAUCGACCAUCACGGACGGAUGCUUCCCAGUCGUCAAUCAUCAAAGAGGCUUGUUUUCUCCGCUUCAAGCCUAGACUCCAACGCCAAGCAGUACAAGGUCACCGUUGACCAUGUUACAUUGUGA